UUAAUCAACGCGCGAAGUGCUAGCCUUCUUUCAAGCGGCAAUGUUUAUGUUUGUGAAUCACACGUACAAAAAAUAAUGUUGUGUCUUGCUUUCUGACUUCACUUUUUUAGCUUUCUGCUUUGUACAUAUUUGUUGAGCAAGGAGCACCAAGGAGUGUUGUCCAACUUCUUCACGUGUUCAAAAUUGUUGUGUUGGUUGUGAAAUCAGUGCCAAUCCUGUGUACAAACAAAACAGUAGAAAUCCUCUCCAAAAUUUAACUGAGUAAAAUAGAAUUAGAAAAGGAGAAGAUGUCACUCUUCAGUGGCAUGAAGUUGGCUAGCUCUAGCCCUGACAAGCAUCCCACAGACAGUGCUCCUCGAACGACGGAACCAAAGAUCUACAAAAGCCCUUCAACUGAAACAGAGAAGAGUACCAGUAAUUCACAAGAAACCAGGGAUUCCAGUCAAUUCUCUUUUAUACUGGACACAGCGAAUGGAAAACGGCCAACAAGUACUGCUCUUGAAACAGAACAUACAUGUACUGGAGAGUCAAGUAGUAAAGUGGACCGACAAUUGUGUAAAGACCGUUCACCAAAGUCACAGCCACCCGAAUCAGCCAUAGAUGACCUAAACUUCGACCUCGACCCCAUAAAGGUCAUUAGGGAUGCCCACACGCAGGGCCAAGAACAUCGCCCCGCAGGUUUCGACCUACGGGAUGUGGAUUUCAGUGCGCCAUCAGAGCAAGAAAAUCAAGAAGACGAACAUUCAGCGUUGGAUGCGAAAUCAACAAGCAGUUUUAGUUUUAUUACAAAAGAAUCCUUGGUGAGCACCGAAGAGAGUUGUGAUGUAGAAGAAGACAGUCAAGCUGCAACUGGCAAUGAGUCGGUUGAGGAGGUUUCGGAGGAUUCGCAAACUCCAGGGAGAAGGAAAUUGGAAAUUGGGAAGAUCACAAGAAGAGACGAUGGAGAAACGGGCUCACUGGAUCGACGGAGAGUUUAUAUGGAAGAACAUGUGAAGCAGCUGCUUAUCAUUAAGAAAUCUACUUGUGACGUAGCAGACCGGGUUGUGCAACUUGCCAAGGACUGUGUGCUAUCAGGAUUCUCUCUACUGGAGAAGCAGCAUCAGCUGCAGGCAUUGCAGCAGCAACAACAGCAGGCUGUCAACGAAGAAGACUAUGAAAAAGCUGAAGAGCUCCACCUCCAGUGUCAAACCAUGGAAGAUGACAUCGGGCAAUCUGGCAGCCUGCUACCACGUGACCACCCAGCCCUACGCAAUCUCCUCACAGACCUCCAGACCCUGCAUGAGCAAGAAAAGGCCGCACGGCAGAGCAUGACAAAGAAGUACCGGACGCUGAUCUCGGAGCAGGAGGAAGCCGUGGCCGACGCUAGAGGGCGCCAUGCGCAGUGGGAGAGCGACCGUUUGCGCAAGGUCCAGGAAGAGAGGAACAAGCUGGACAGAGACCUGGGGCAUUUACAUCUGGACAAAGAGCACUUGAGCAAGCGGGACAUUAGCCUAGCAGACCAGAUUGCUGAAGGGACGGCUCCUUUACGCCAGUCCAGGGAUUCGCUGAUAGAUGACAGGGCAAAAGUGCAGGAUGAAAUUCAGAUCUUAGAGGCCAAGUUAUCCGCCCUGCGUCUCCAGGAGAACGUCAUCUCCGAAGCGAUCCUGAAGAAAGACCGCGAGAUCGCAACGGUUACAGCAGACUUUGAGGACGAGAGAUCAGCAUUAGAGAGAGAGAAAGGGGUACUGGAGGGGGCGGAGCUUGAUCUGAAAAGGAGGGGAGAGGAGUUGAAGGAGGAGGAACAGAGGUUGGCUGAUGGGAUGGAGGAAGUGAAGAUGACGGAAGAACGUGAAAGCAGACUUCUAACAGACUUGCAGGAGGAUCUUGCCAAAGAGGAAGAUGCAAUUGACAACCUCAAGGACAAGAACUGUUGUGCUCUCCCUAAGAUGUGGCAAGACGAAAAGUCAGCAACACUCUCCAAGACUAGAGAAAGUUUUCUGAAGAAAAAGGAGGCAGUUAAACUGAGGGUGCAAGAAGUUCGAAAGGCAACCUCUAGCUUACUCCAGAGCCAAACCAGAGUGGUAUCCUUGAGAAAGAGAGUCAGUGAUACCGAGGGUCACAUAGCCUCACUGAAUGAGAGCAAGCAACUGGCUGUGUCAGGGAGGAAUUUUGCAGAGGCCAAGAAGCUGACUGAGGAAAUCAAGAGACUGACGGCAGAGGGGCAGUGCAUCCAGGUAGAGAUGGAGGCACUGAGCAAGAGCAACGAUGAGAGAAGCGAGACAGUCAAGACGAUGAUGGAGGAUGCGGAGAGGUUACAGGAGGAGGUGAAGGAGGAAGAGAGACAGGCAGAGUUAACAGUUAAAGAUGAACUCCUGGAGCACAUUGCAGACUUGAGAGAACAGCUUCAGAGCGUUUCCCAGAGCCCCUUGGCUCAGGCACUACAAAAAGCCGAGCUGGUGUCAAGCUCCUUGCAGGUAAAACUGCUAUGCCUGAGACAUCAACAGCCAUUCCCAGCCGAACUUGAAGACCUGGCAGAGGGUUUUCCGGUGGAAGAAACCGAGAAGCUUUCAGAGUUGACACAGGAAGAGAGCAAGGUUGGCGAGGAAAGAUUGAGCGGCACGUCGGAGAAGACAUCGGAGCUGGAAUUGGAGAGGCUUGAGGGUCAGUUAAAAGAAGCAGUUGAAAAGGAGGACUACGACAAUGCUGAGCUCCUUCAAAGACACAUUGACGCCAUCCAGCAGCAAAACAAACACCUAGAGAGUGACAGCUGACACGCAUGUUCUUAGCUCCGAUGCAUCAUUAUUUGGGGUAACUACUAAUUGUAGUUAAUUAUUUGGGAUAAGCCGUGUGUACCAAUUCCAUCAAAAUCUACCGGCACCAGUGGUGGACAUUUGGUCCUGAAGCAUUAUAUGAAGCAGAAUGAGUGAUGGAUUUUGACAGACAUGGUCUUCCACUAAAAACUACCUAUAAGUAGGGAGUUAGGAUUAAUACCUCAAACGACGGAUGUUCCUGAGUGUGGUUUUAUGAUUUUAGAGUUUAAUGAUUUUUAAAGUUAGCCAAACCUUGGCUUAAGCCCGGUUCAUACCCGGCGCGAAAGCGAAAGCGAACGCGAAUUUGUGACGUCGUGGCAAGUAUUCGCGCUGCGAAUUCAUAAAAG